AUGUGGUUCAAUCCUACCGAUGUGAAUCCCACGCACCUUGCAUAUACUUGUAUCGGUGGUUUCGUCGUUAUUUUCUCGAUGUUUAGCAAUCUCGCCAAGGAAAAGCUCUAUAUAGGAGAGGUCAUCCCUGCGACACUGUUCGGAAUUAUCGUGGGUCCUUCCGGGGCUAGUAUUUUUACGCCCCGAAGCUGGGGAAACGUGUCGGGUAAAGCGGCAAACGAUAUCACUUUGGAGGUCACUCGUGUCGUCCUAGCCUGCGGUGUGUUUGCCAUCGGUGCCGAACUGCCGCGGGGAUAUAUGAUUCGGCACUGGAAAAGUCUAGUUUACACCGUUGUUCCUGUGAUGGCCUGGGGAUGGUUCAUAUCUGCAGGCCUGAUCGUGGCCCUUUUCCCCGAGCUUACCUAUCAAUCUGCCCUGGUUAUUUCUGCCUGCUUGACACCUACAGACCCAAUUUUGGCGGCCGCAGUGGUAGGAGGGCGUUAUUCUGAAAAGAAUGUUCCCAGCCACCUUCGGCAUCUCCUGGCAGCCGAGUCUGCUGCAAAUGAUGGCCUCGCAUAUCCGUUUCUGUGGCUCCCCCUGUAUUUGACCUUGGAUAAAACUACAGGCGAAGCUGUGAGGGACUUCAUUUGCAUUGCAAUUCUAUACCAAGUCGUGCUCGGGGUAGCGAUAGGCAUGGCUUUGGGAUUCAUUUUCUCUGUUCUCACAAAGUUUCUGGAGAAGUGGAAAUACGUAGGGCGGGACUCAUACGUGAUUCAGUUCUUGUCUCUGGCCUUGUUUACUAUUGGCGCCGUGACUCUCAUGGGGAAUGAUGAUUUGUUGGCUGCAUUUGCUGCCGGCUGUACAGUCUCGUGGGAUGGCCACUUUCACGAGCAGACUGAGGAGACGAUAGUAUUUGCCCACAUUCUUGAGCUUCUCUUGAACUGUGCAGUUUUUGUGUUUGUUGGGGGGUGGAUUAGGUUUCCGUCAAUGAACAUGCCAGAAUUCCAUAUAACUCCCGGUCGCUUGUCAGCGUUCUUUUUCUUGACCCUCUUUGUGAGGAGGAUACCCCCCAUGCUCUUGCUCUAUAAAACUAUCCCUGACAUCCACACAUGGAAGGAGGCGCUGUUUGCCGGUUGGUUCGGGCCUAUGGGCAUCGGUGCUGUUUUUAUCUCUACCCUGGCGUUGGAACAUUUACCGGUUCCGGAGGGGCACCCAACGACUCAAGCGGAACUAAUUUCAGUGGUCAUGCAUCCUAUCAUCGCUUUCACCAUCUUAGGCUCUAUUUUUAUUCGUGGGUGCCUUGAUAUUGCCUUGGUCCACGCGAGAGAUCUAAAGCCAUAUUGUCAGAUGGUCUAUCGAUCCCCGCUCUCUCGGUAG